AUGGAUGAUUUGGGUUUUGAUGGGAAACAGCCAAAUUGACGAGAUACUGGUUAAGUAUUAACAUUAUUUUGCCACUUAAUAUUAACAUCAAAAUAAAAAGAUGGAUGAGUUGAAAUGUAUCGAUAAUAAAGAAAUAUUUAUUGAGGUUCUUCAUUUGGCUAUAGAUUACCUGAUUGGAAAUAUUAAUAAACAACAAACUCUUCGUUCGUCACACAAAUUUGGAUUUCAAAAUGCCCAUGAUUUCCUGUUGGUGACCCAAAGGAUCUCAAAUUACUACAAAGAUUUGAGUUUGGCUAAAUUUACUUUUACACCAUUUUCUUGCUUCAAUCCUGAAAUGAGCGGCCUUGUACCUAGUGUACUGGCAGCACGUCAGUCGGAAAUUAAAAAACAUCUUGAGCAAUAUUACUCCAAAACUGAGAGUAUCAUAGAAUCUUUCGAAUGGGAUACAAGCUUUAUAUUUGGAGAUAGCAACUUUGUUGGAAACAUUAAACAAAUAACUACCUUAAACUUCAGUUUCAGUAACUUAAAGUUGCAAAAUAGACUGGUCUUUGAAAUGAAUAAUGAAAAACUUAAUGAUUUCAUUCAUUUACUGGAAACUGUUUUGGCCUAAUGUAUGCAAUCAAAACAGUUAGCCCCGUUUUCUUGUCCGAUUUUUAAAUUAAAAGAUGUGUGAAAAUUGAAAUCUAAAAUUUAUUUUUAUUUCAACAUGGCAAGAAAACAUGACAGAAAAUGAUACCAGAUUAAUAAAAAAGGUCGUGUAUUUUCAAAAUUAUAUAUUGCUUAAUGCGAAAAGUGGGUUUACUCAGUGAUACGAUCGCCGUGGCAAAAGCUUGCAGACAGCUGUCCUCGCAGUUCCACAACUCAAUACAGGUACAAAAUAAGCAUGCAGUCGACUGCGACGUAGAGCCAAACGCAACGGCGCCAAAGCGCAUUUUUAGUGCUUAAAAAGGCGCCUAAAAGAUGUAUUUUUAUCAGCGGUAGCCACGGAAUACAAUGACAUUUGGACUUAUUUUUCUGAGUAAUUUCCACGAGGCAGGUUAUCGAUGUGAGUGUGACGACUGCUGUCAGAAUAGAGAAAGAAUCUACAGUUUGUCAAAUAA